AAGUUUUUCAAACCCUUUUUCCUUCAAUCUCUCCAUCUCUUGCUUUCAAGUUUUUCAAAGCCUUUUCCUUCAAUUUCUCUUUCUCUCUUGCUUGCUUUGAACUCUGUCUCUCUCUGUCUUUGUGAAAUGGCUGUUGUUCUCCUCCAUUUGGUAAUUUUGAUGAAGCUCUUCAUGUUAUCUUGUGGUGAGUUCCAAAGGUUUGAUGAGAAGAUAAAGAGUGAUGGAUCUUUGAGUAUCUUUGUUGUUGGAGAUUGGGGAAGGAAUGGUAACUAUAACCAAUCUCAAGUUGCAACUCAGAUGGGAAAGAUUGGAGAGGAGUUGGGUAUAGACUUUGUGAUAUCCACAGGAGAUAAUUUCUAUGAGGAUGGAUUACAAGGAGUUUAUGAUAACCAAUUUCAGCAAUCCUUUACUGACAUUUACACUGCCAAGUCCUUGCAAAAACAGUGGUAUAGUGUUUUGGGAAAUCAUGAUUAUCGAGGAGAUGUUUUAGCUCAAUUGAGUCCAAUUCUUCAAAAAUUUGAUAGCAAAUGGUUUUGUAUGAGAUCUUUCAUUGUUAAUACAGAGAAUGUGGAUUUCUUCUUUGUGGAUACAACUCCAUUUGAGAGGAAAUAUUGGACUCACCCUAAAGAUCAUCACUAUGAUUGGAGGAAUGUGGAACCUCGUGAUCAAUACAUUGAAAAUCUCUUGAAGGACUUGGACUUGGCGCUGAAAGAAUCAAGGGCACCAUGGAAGUUUGUUGUUGGACAUCAUACAAUGAGAAGUGUAAGUGACCAUGGAGAUACACAAGAGCUCCUGCAAGAGCUGCUUCCAACUCUAAAGGCUAAUGAUGUCGAUCUUUAUAUCAACGGGCAUGACCAUUGCCUUGAACACAUUAGCAGCCGUGACAGUCCGAUCCAAUAUUUCACUAGCGGUGGGGGAUCGAAGGCAUGGAGAGGUAAGUUCACACCAAAUGCCGAUAAACUGAGGUUCUUCUAUGAUGGUCAAGGAUUCAUGUCCAUGAAGAUAACUAGUACAAGUGUGGAUUUGGUGUUCUAUGACAUCUUUGGCACAAAUUUGUAUCAAUGGAGCAUGAACAAGCAACUUCUCACAGUCAUGUAGACACCAUAUUUAAUAAGAUGAAUAAGAGACACUGGUUUCUUAUGGAUCA